AUGUUUAUCCCUGGAAGCACCAAUGUGGGAGCAGAUAAUUUGUCGAGGCAGGGGCUGAGGCAAGGGGAUUUGAGACUCCACCCAGAGUCGGUGGAGCUAACAUGGAAGGAGUUCGGUCAGGCAGAAGUGGAUCUCUUUGCCACUCAUGAGAAUUCUCACUGCCCUCUCUGGUUCUCCCUAUCGCAUCCAGCUCCCCUGGGGAUACAGGAUCAGCUUACUACUAGUAGCUCUGUACUGGCUGGCCCGAGUAUGGUUUUUGGAUUUCAUGGUUCUUCUAUCAGGCCAUCCUUGGCAAAUCCCGAUCAGGAGGGACCUUUUUUCCCAGGCCGAGGGCACAAUAUUUCACCCUCAGCUGGAGCUAUGGAAGCUCUGGGUCUGGCCCUUGAAGGAGACCAAUUCCUAAAUACUGGUCUCUCAACUGAGAUUGUGGAGACCAUUUUAAAUUCUAGAGCCCCCUCCACGAUGAAACUUUAUUUACUUAAAUGGAAUGUCUUUAACCUUUGGUGCAGAGAACUUCAGUUGGACCCAGUUAACUGCCCGGUGGCUUCAGUACUGGAGAUCCUCCAGAGUCGCUUCUCUGACGGGCUCUCCCCGUCCAUGCUUAAGGUUUAUGUGGCAGCCAUAGCUGCCUUCCACACGCCUUUAGGGGUGGGCACCUUGUCCAGAGUUCCCUCCUGGGACCUGACAGUGGUCUUCAAAGGGUUAUCCCUGGCACCCUUCGAGCCUUUGGAUGAGGUGUAUGAGAAAUUUAUGUCCUUUAAAGUUGCCAUCCUGCUUGCAAUUACGUCCCUCAACAGAGUUGGGGACCUACAGGCUUUAUCGGUUGCUUCCUCUAGUCUCAAGUUCGCUCCUGGCAGAAUAAAAGACAUUGAUCUUCAAGAUUCUGGUGAGCUCUUUGAUUCUACACCAGAGAGUUCAGAUAAUUAUGUUCCAGAUACCACUUCCGACAGUGACUGUGACAGUGAUGUUAGCCUUACACUGAACCCAACAAAACGUCAGCUUCUUGAUCAACUGGAUAUGAAUGAAUCUGCCUCUGUAAGCUCCCCUGACUGUGACUCAACAACGUCAGACAAUAUGCACAGCGUUACGUCUAAAGCAUCUGGAACAGUAGAAGAGCCCAGUUCAAGUCAGAACACAAUAGACUGCGUAGUUGUUAAUGCAUACCAUAAAAGAGAUGGUGGUAGAGUGUAUAACAAGAGACAUUACUGCUUGUAUUGCUCCAAACCUUACGCUAAGAUGGCAAGGCAUCUAGAAAGUUCACAUGCAAAUACAUCUGAUGUGGCUAGAGCUCUAAGCUUUCCAAAAUGUUCAAAGGAGAGAAAAAAACAGUUGGAUUAUAUUCGCAACAAAGGGAACUAUGCCCACAAUGCUGCGGUUAUGGAAUCAGGAAAGGGGGAACUGGUGCCAUUUAAACGACCACCUAAAAAAGCACUGGGAGAGGAUUUCAUGCAUUGUGCAUACUGUCAAGGACUUUUUACGAGAAAGGUCCUUUGGCGACAUAUGCGUUCUUGCAGACUUAAACCUCAGUCAGUCCCCCCCAAACCAGGAAAAAACCGUGUUCAGUCCAUGUGUACAUACACGGGGCCUGUGCCUUCAAACAUGACCAAACAACUGUGGGGAGUAAUCAGUGCCAUGAAUCCUGACCCAAUCACAGAUAUUAUAAAAAAUGACAAAGUAAUUACUGAAAUUGGGCAGCACUUGUUGAACAAAGGAGGGAUAUCAGCCAAAAAUCAACAGUAUGUGCGGGAGAAGAUGCGAGAAUUGGGACGGUUGAUUCACAAGGCGAGGAGAGUCACCUCGUUAAAAACGAUGGAAGAUUGUGUAAAUCCAAAGAAGUACAUGGAGACUGUCAAAGCUGUGAAGUAUACGUGUGGGUAUGACAGUGAAACAGACAAGUUCAUGAUUCCAUCGCUUGCAAAUAAGCUUGGGAAUUCCCUGGUUAAAGUGAGCAAACUCUUAAAAGCUCAGGGAUUAAUCUCAAAUGACAAACAGCUUGUUAAGAAUGCCAGUGAGUUUCUAGAAGUCCAUCAGAACAAGUGGAACGAGUUGAUCUCGGCUACAGCAUUGAGGAACAUCAGUGAAGCAAAGUGGAAUGUGCCCACUAUCAUGCCCUUUACUGAAGACGUCCAGAAAAUGCACACACAUCUCAGUGAAGUGCAAGAGAAGUGGUUCAAAACACUCUCUGGAAGUCCCUCUACUAAAACCUGGAUGGAGCUGGCAAAGGUGUGUCUAGCCCAGAUGAUUCUCUUUAACCGCCGCAGGGAAGGAGAGGUUUCGAGUAUGCCUUUGUCUGCAUUUCUUUCAAGAGACACUUCUCAUCCACAUGAGGAUGUGGACUGGGCACUUUCUGAAGUGGAAAAAAAACUCUGCAGACACUUCACAAGGGUUAUCACAAGAGGAAAGCGUGGUCGACCAGUUCCAAUUCUUCUGACUCCAAAAAUGCUAUGUGCCUUAGAACUCCUUGUUAAGCAGAGAGAGGUUUGUGGGGUUCUGAAAGACAAUCCCUAUAUGUUUGCAAGACCAGAAGCCAUGACACAUUUUCGAGGGUCAGACUGCCUCCGUGGCUUUGCUAAGGUGUGUGGCGCAAAGUGUCCCAAGUCACUGACAUCUACAAGACUGCGAAAGCAUGCCGCAACGCUUUCAACAGUGCUGAAUAUGACAGACACCGAGAUGGACCAGCUGGCAAACUUCCUUGGACACGACAUAAGAAUCCAUCGUGAGUUCUAUCGACUCCCUGAGAAGACCUUGCAACUUGCCAAGAUCAGCAAAGUUCUAAUGGCACUUGAACAAGGAAGAUUAGCUGAGUUCCAUGGCAAGAACUUGGAUGAAAUUGGGAUAGAUCCUGAUGAAAAAGUUCUUAACUCUGAUGAGGAAGACGAGAGCAUAACAGAGGGACUCUGUUCAUCUACUGUUGACGAACCAUCUUCAGAGGUGGCACUUCCUCCUACCGAGAGGAGUGACAUGCCGCCACCACCCAAGAGACGCAGACUACCAGCAGAUGAAGAGAUGCCUACAGAAGCCAGUGCUGUGAGGCCUUCUUCCAAAGGUAAAAGUACCCAGAAGACACCCUGGCAGCAGACAGAGGUGCAGGCGGUGGAAAGGCACAUGCAGCGAUUCAUCACAUCGCUCACUGUACCAGCAAAGAGCGACUGUGAAAAGUGCUUGAAAGCUGAACCAGGAGCACUGAAGAACCGUGAUUGGAAGAAUGUAAAAUUUUACAUUUAUAAUCGUAUUACAGCUUACAAAAAGAAAUUCCAGUGCAAAUAAUAAUAAUGUGAACAUCAUGGCAGGUUUUGUUCAAAGAUUUUAAAGGGUUAAAGAUGUUUUAAGGUUUACUAUCCCUUUAAAACUACAGAAACACUUGUAGGCUAUAGAAUACUUUUGUUUGCCAUAUGUUUUAUGAUGACUGUGAUGGCCACCAGUCGGAAAACAUUGAUCAAACAACAUUUCAAAUAGAGUGUCAUGUUUGCAGUACAGUAUGUUUAUGAUGACCGUGAUGACCACCAGUCGGAAAGCAUUGGUUGGACAAAGUUAAUUUAAAGUCGUAGUUUGUUUAAAUUCACAUGUAUGUGAAAGGAAGCAUGUGUGAAAGUUAUUUUAUUUUAUAUACUUUUAAUAUCAGGACCUUGUUUUUAGGUAUGACUUCAUUUUGAGUUUUGUGAAGCUGAGUUCAAUAAAAGUUGAAUUCCGCAA